UCGUAAUGUUAUAUUAUUUCCCUUUUAACUGUUAGGUCAAUGAGUUGUAAUUUGUAGAUAUACUUACAGAUUUAAUUAAGUGGCAAUGAAACUGACGAUGUAAAACGCAUAGUGUUGAACAGGCUAGGAUUUUUGGCUUUGAGGAGUGUAGAUGAUUCAAACUUUAAUCUUGAUUUGAUUCAGAGAAAGAAAACCCAGUAACAGCUGUUGAAAUGGCACGCAGUGAAACACUGACUCAAUUAAUGCGCACUUUAUGGCUGCUCAGCGCAUUUCUGCUCUAUCGUGUUUUGUCAUGUGACGUCGGUUGGUUUGGCACCAAAUGUCAAUAUAAAUGUCACUGCACAGGCAAUCAUUGUGAUCCGUCAGGAAAAUGUGUCGAAAAUUCCAAAUGUGAACCAGGCUGGUUUGGAGCGUCUUGUCAGUUCGUGAAUGUAGCGAAAGACGCACAAUUUACAAGCUUCUCCGAUGACGAUGAAAAAUAUUGGCCAUCAGACCACAACGAAGACACCUGUUCUCAAAGCCUGCGUGUGAUGAUAGUUAAGUGGAAGCUUCAGCUCGUCAUUACCUGGAUUAGAUUAAUUGUUAACAAUACAGAUAAAGUGAACAAAUUCAGCGUCAGCUUCAAACCACAACCAGAGACGGACUCAUCAAAUAUCAACAAUGAUUAUAUCAGUUGUGCUCAGGAGUCCAGACAUGUCAAUCUGAAGAUUGUGGACAUUUUCUGUCAGUUAAAAUACAGCAUUCAUGAACUCAUGAUAGAAGGGCCGGGUAUCAAAUCUCUUUGUUCUAUUUACGUCAGCGGAGGACGCAAUUUGGCUCUAAAGCAAAAUACGUCACAGUCAAGUACUUACUUCGACGGUGUUUCCAUCAAUAUGUCGAGGUCAUCCAAUGCUGUGGACGGAAACACUGACGACAAUUAUUAUCACGGCAGCUGCAUUCAUACUGAUCAUGAAACGAAUACUGCGGGGCCAACAUGGCGACUCAAUUUUUCUUUUCCGGCAUUACUUCAGGGAGUAAUGAUUUAUAACAGAGACGACUGCUGCCAGGCACGUUUACAGCAUUUCAAACUGAUGGGGUUCUCACCAAGUGGCCAGAUUGUUUUUACUUUUUAUGAUGGACUGAGUGAAGCCCAAGUCAAGUAUCCAGUCAUCUUCGUAUCUCCCAUGAAAGCUUUAUAUCAGCUGACUGUCACAGCGCAAAGAAAAACGACAUUUUCAGCCAUUUUAAACUUUUGUGAGCUUGAGGCUUUUGGAGAUUGGGAGUGUCCAUUCGGUAAGUAUGGUCUGGACUGUGACAAGAACUGCAACUGUGCCGACAAAACCAAAACAUGUGUUGUGAGUACUGGGACUUGCCCCUCUGGCUGCAGCGCCGGAUACCAAGGUGAAGGUUGCAUGGAAGUGUGCGAGCACGGCACAUGGGGAGAAGGCUGCUCUAAACUUUGUGACGACAGAUGUGCCAAUCAAUCUUGUGACAGUGUGACAGGUCAAUGCCAAAAUGGAUGCAGAGAUGGAUACACUCUUCCUAAUUGUACUGAAGUGUGCAGUCAUGGUUACUGGGGAAAUAACUGUUCUAAUUUGUGUCGUGACAAGUGUUUAACAGAGUUGUGUGACCCUGUCACAGGUCUGUGUUAUUUAGAUGAAGAGUCAAGGUCUGUCAAAAAGAACUCAACAGAUACCUGCCCAUUAUCUCUGGGCGCCUUGUCUAUCUUUGGAUUGAUCUUAGCAUUUAUUUUCACAAUCCAAAGUGUAAUUAUUUUAGCACUCUGCUGUGAACGAAGGCAAAAGAGCUCGGGUUACUCCAUGUUUUCUCAUAUGGAAGACAGCUUUAAACUGACUCAGUAUUCUCCUAGAGUGUCCGGACAUCAAACAAUUUAGAAAACAUUUAAAUAUAAUGCGGUGACCUCUUGGAUUCUAUGCUUUUGGGAACAAACAAAGCAAAAUCAAGCCUAGCAUAAUUAUAUAGCGUCGGUGCAAUCAUCUUAUUUUCAAACAGCUCAAGUGUCUUGAUGACUCACACUUCAAGUUAAGAACAACAUUGUAAAUGGUCGUCAUUUGCUUGUUGUCCCCUCCGGGGGGGAUUGAAUCCCACCAACCAGCUUCCUCGAGGCGUCUUGGUUCAGGGCGAGUCUCCCCGACUGUUUCCAUGUGUUGCUUGACAUCUAGGCAACCUUUAAACAGUUCCACAUGUGCUGCAACGAUCCGUGAUUUUGAAAAUAAAACACUGAUUGAAACAGCGAUGAUGUUCUCAUUUCAAUGAAAUGCCUUGAGUUAAAGUUUUGAAACUCCUCUGCAGAGAAUGAACGACGUUCAUCAGCCAAACUGAAGUCAACUCUGCAGUUCUCUCUAUCUGCAGCAUCAAAGAUCCGACCAUAUUUGAAAUAAGAGUGAAAAAAAAAGCUAAAUGUGGCAUUCAUACUCUCCCGUCUUGACUACUGCAUUGCCGUGCACAAGAUUCAGCGACUACUCUCUUGCGUACACUCCAUUGGCUUCCUAUGAAUGCAAGAAUCGACUAUAAGGACUUUGUCAUAAGUGCGUCCACAUUGAACAACUGCCCUUGUACCUCAUUGAACUGGUCACUCCGUAUGUCUCAGGGAGCCCUGCGUUCCAUAGUCUCAACACAUCUUCUCGUGCCACGUCUCUUCUUCACGGGCUUUGUUAGUGGAUGUACCAAAGGUUAGGAACUUGCUUUGGUCUCAGACAACAUGCUUCACUACAUUCAAGAAGAACUUUAAAAACCUAUCCAAUUUUUUAAAUAUUACUUUGUAAUUUUAACUCUGGUAUUUGUAUUUGUUUUUAUUCAUAGCGCCUUCAACUUACAUUAUGUUUGUUAAUUUUGCUAUUUAUAGAUCCCUCACCAUUGUUCUCUCCUACCCGUAAUAUUAAAAAUCAAAAGACUGUUUAGAUGUAACUGGCUCUAUUAAUGGACAGUUCCACUCUACACGUGCUGAAGCUUAUUGCCAAGAAUAUUUCCAAAGUGAAAAAAAAAAGAGAAGGGUGUUGAUCGUGGAAGAGGAUGUGUGUGGCUAGAGAUUGGGGAGGGGGGAGAGUGGUAGAGACAUGAAAGGACCAAUCGAUUUCCUUUUUCCCCCUUUCGGUAUCAGUUUUUUUUUAAACAAAUUCGUUGCCAUGGUAACGAAUAGAAAAUGUGGGUCACAAUUUGACUGAAAAAAAAAAGGGAGGUGGGGGGAGGGGGGCUGGACUCGAAUGAAGGGAAAAGAAAUUUAAUGUAUUUUUCUCCUUGUGCUGUUAUAAUGGAGUUAAUGAUAAAUAAACAAUUAAGUGUU